AUGAUGGCACGAACCAUCGAAAUACCUCAAAAGCAGAAGGCCAUCGUGGCGGGUCCUGACAAGAACUUUACAAUCGUGCACGAUCAACCCGUCACACAUCUCGAGCCCAAUGCAAUCUUGAUCAAAGUACACGCGGUCGCAUUGAAUCCCGUAGACACCAAGUUGACGGGCGAAUUCGUGACGCCUGGCGCAAUUUUCGGUUUCGACUGUGCUGGGAUAGUUGUAGCCGUGGGCUCUGCUGUUCGCAAGCGUUGGGCCAUCGGGGAGCGAGUUUGCGGCAGCGCUUGUGGCAUGGAUCCUGAGCGACCCUCAGGUGGUGCCUUCGCCGAGUACACACUACUUCCCGGCGAGCUGGCUCUGCGAAUUCCUGACUAUAUGUCGUUUGAGACCGCUACCACUCUGCCCACGGCCAUCAACACGACAAUACUGGCCGUCUUCUGGUCAAUGGAGAUUCCCAUGUCAUUGAUCGACAAGCCGGCUGAGAAGUCCUUCCCGAUUCUUGUAUAUGGCGGUAGCACAUCAGUGGGUACCAUGGUGAUCCAGAUUCUCAAAAGAGCUGGUCUCAGACCUAUUACGACAUGCUCGCCUAAGAACUUCGAAUUCGUAAAGUCUUUUGGCGCCGAAGCUGUCUUUGAUUACCGCUCCCCCACUUGCGGUGCAGACAUCAAGAAGUACACCAAGAACGGUCUGGGGUAUGCCAUCGACUGCAUCACCGAAGAGUCGAGCAUGAAGAUCUGUUACGAAUCUAUCGGUCGCGCUGGCGGUCGCUACAUCGGCAUGGAUCCGUACCCUGCUCACGUCGCAGCCACGCGUAAGCUAGUCAAGUCAGACUGGGUCGUCGCGUUCCGCAUCACAGGAAUGCCUUGCAAUUGGCCAGCGCCAUUCACCAGCGAGGCAGAUCCAGAGUUGUCAGAGUCCGCAAUUCCAUUUUUCGAUUCAAUGGAGAAGCUGCUUGCGGAUGGUCAGAUCAAGACUCAUCCUGCAAGAAUCAGCGACGGCGGUCUGGAGGCGGUCAUCGAUAGCGUUGAUAUUCUGCGUCGUAAGGAGAUCAGCGCAGAGAAGUUAGUCUUCACGACAGUCGCAAAGGAAUAA